ACGGGAAAGGGAUACCAAAUGCAAACAGGGAAACGUAUUCGAACUGUCCACAAAAUUCUUCAACUCAAAAAAAAACGCAGCCAUUGAAAUGGUGCUUGCUUACUUUGCGUCUUUAACCACUUGCUCGUAAAUCUCUAUUCCCAAAUCCCCUAAUUCCUUAAUUCGAUCAUAAUAGUUGUGUUCAAUUGAAUCAUCAUUCGUUAAUCGAAUCUUGGAUGCUAAAAAUGAGCCAUUUGAGGUCAAUUUGCAGACCUACUGCGGUUUUCUCUUCCUUUGUUUGCUGCAGAGAUAGAAUUCGGUUUUUAGGGUCAAAAUCAUCAGGAAUUCCUAUCUCAAAACCUAAUUUGAGCUCUUUUCCUUCUGUUUCUUCCGAUUCUUCAGAGUUGUUUCGAUGGUUGUGUAUUAAUCACCGGAGAUAUGUUGCUAGGGCUUCGAAUUGGACCGGCGAGAAAUCUCCCUACGAUGUUCUUGAAUUAGAAAGGGAUGCAGAUGAAGAACAAAUAAAAUUUGCAUACAGGCGCUUGGCUAAGUUUUAUCAUCCGGAUGUCUAUGAUGGUAGAGGCAAUCUUGAGGAAGGUGAAACAGCUGAAACCCGAUUUAUUAAAAUUCAAGCGGCAUAUGAGCUGCUUAUAGAUGGAGAGAGUAAGAGAAAAUAUGACAUGGAAAACCGUGUGAACCCCAUGAAGGCAUCUCAAGCAUGGAUGGAAUGGCUUAUAAAGAAGCGAAAGGCAUUUGAUCAGCGGGGUGACAUGGCGAUUGCAGCAUGGGCUGAGCAGCAGCAUCGAGAAAUGAGCUUGAGAGCACGACAACGUGCUCGAUCGAAGGUUGAUCCUGAAGAAGAGAAGAGAAUCUUAGCCAAGGAAAAGAAGGCAUCCGUUGAAAAUUUUCACACCACACUCCGGAGGCAUACACUAGUUUUGAAGAAAAGAGAUUUGAUGCGUAAGAAAGCGGAAGAGGAAAAGAAGAAAGAAAUAAUUCGUCUCUUAGCUGCAGAGGGAUUUGAAUUGGAGAGUGAAGAUGAUUAGAUCAUGUUUGAAAUAGUUUGUUGUUGUAGGUGUUCAACUUCUAUGUAUACAUCGACGAUAGCUAGUUUUGUACAAAAAAAUGUAUAGACGUGCUUCAAAGGCAAACAAUUAUUUAUUAAAUAAAGAAAGAAAAGAAACGAGGUAAAGGAUAUUGAAUCCAUUA